CAGACAGCUGUUUAAUAAACAUUAAGUUGACCAAAAAAAUUUCACGUGGAGUAGGCAAAAUUAUUAUUCCGAAUUGAUAAUUAGAUAAAUAAAAGAAAACAUAAAUUGCCAACGAAAGUUUGUAAAAUGUGUGAAGUCGAGACAAUAACCAAAAUAGCGAAUUCUCUCGGUGUACCAGCCGGCGAAGUGAAUCUCAAUUCUGAAAAGGUCAUCACACGCACUAACAACAACAAAACGGUAUCGGGCUUUGCCACUAUCCUCAAUACUCUUGCACAGGAAUCAAAAUCUGAAAUAGCUUACAAUAGUUCAGCGACAUGUGAAAUUAGUGCCGAAGUGUAUCAGUGGAUUGAAUUUGCUGUAUUGUACGCAGCGCCAGGUUGUAAAGACAAGCACGUAUCACAACAACUGCUGCGUGAUUUCAAUAAACUGUUCAGCACUAAAUCCUAUUUAGUAGGAUAUUUCAUUACACUAGCCGAUUUGGCUAUCUUCUAUGCUAUCUACAAUUUGAUGAAAUCUCUUUCACCCGUGGAAAAAGAAAACUAUUUAAAUCUAUCGCGCUGGUUCGAUCAUCUGCAGCAGAGGCCAGAAAUACGCCAAGGAGGCAGUGUUCUUAACUUCACAACAAUCUACCUACAUGGUUGGGCGACGGGCACUCAUGUAUAAAUCCUACAUUCAUCAAUUGUUCGAUUAAAAGUAUUUUCUUUCAAAAUUGAAAAAAAAAACCAAUUUUGCCAAGUAGGACAAUGUGUACGUAUUUAUUUCAAAUCACUUACUGUAUUACAUACUAAAAUAUGCUCAACCCGCUCUUCUGUCUAUAAUAUUUAAGUAAAAAUGGCGAAGCAAUUUGAAAUUCUUUGCAUAAGUCGCAUUUUAAGUUCAGUAUUUUGCCAGCUACUUAAUAUCGCAAAAGUAAAUGAAUUUAUACAAAAGUGUGAGUUUUUACUUUAGCCAGGAACUCUGGUUGUCUUUUAAAAAAAUUUCCAAAUUCAUUACAAAUCAUUCACUCUGGUAUGUUUUAUAAAAUAAUAGUUUUGCAAAACGAUAAUUUUUUUGAUUGUAAAUUAAUGAAAAGAUCAAUAAAUUUAAAGUAGUUUAAAA